AUGUGGAAAGAAUUCACUCUUAUUGGAAAUUAUAAGUGGAUUGAUCUGGUACUAAAACUAUUAUCAUCAUAUGACAAUACUAAACAUUGUACCAUCGAAAUGAAACCUGUGGAUGUAACUUCAGCCAAUGAGAAGCAAUUGUUUGAUACUAUUUAUAGAAAACUCAAAGUUUUGAAGAUAGAAAAGAAGAAAAAUAAGUUUAAAAUUGCCGAACAAGUUCGAAUUAGUAAAUAUAAACAUGCAUUUGAGAAAUACUACACUCCCAAUUGGACCACUGAAAUUUUUGCCAUGAUCAAAGUUAAAAAUACACAUCUAGUGACUUUCAAAUUAACUGACCAUCAAAACCAAUUAAUAGAAGGCGGUUUCUAUGAGGAUGAAUUAACAGGAGUCCAAUAUCCUGAUGUAUAUCCGGUUAAAACAGUUCUAAAAAAACGUGGGAAUCAAGCAUAUGUAAAGUGGUUGGGAUUUAACAAUGAACACAAUAGUUGGAUAAAUUCAAAUGAUAUAUAG